AUGGUGGCCGAGGGAAAGAGGUGGCGGUUCGCGAUGGUGUGCUCCUCGAACAUGAACCGGAGCAUGGAGGCGCACUCGCAGCUAGGCCGCGCGGGGCUCGACGUCGAGUCCUACGGCACGGGCACCCACGUCAAGCUCCCCGGCCCCUCCCUCCACGAGCCCAACGUCUACGACUUCGGCACCCCCUACGGCGCCAUCUACGACGACCUCCGCCGCAAGGACCCCGACCUGUACAAGAGGAAUGGGUUGCUGCCUAUGCUGAAGAGGAACACCUCGGUGAAGCUGGCGCCUCAGCGGUGGCAGGACAACACCGGCGACGGCGUGUUUGAUAUGAUAAUGACCUUUGAGGAGAGGGUCUUCGACUUGGUUGUUGAAGAUAUGAGUAAUCGCGAGCCGAGGCUGAUGAAGUGUGUGCUGAUAAUAAAUAUGGAUGUCAAAGAUAACCAUGAAGAAGCUGGUGUUGGGGCAAAGCUUGCUGUAGAGUUGUGCCAGAAGCUUGAAGCAAUUGAUGGUGACUGGGAGGACAUAAUUGAUGACCUGAUUACUGCAUUUGAGAAGCAGCACAAGCGGAGGCUUGCAUACAGCAUUUCAUUCUACUAA